CCGAAAGGUUGAUCGAGAAGACAAUGAGGCGCUUGGAGGGAUCGAGGCCGACGGGGAUGCAAUUUCGGUAACUUCCGAAGCUCUUGGGAAGCACACGAACAGUACGAGAUUGGCAUGGAGAAUCUUCAAGAGAACCUCCUCUUCCCCUUCGGACCAAACCCAAAUCGUCUCCCAUGUUGCAGCGCCGACCAUCUUCCAUAUCCUCGUUCGCGCCAAAAUACGCGAAGAAAUCGACCAUCUUCACCGUCUUAUGCUCUUCUCAGAAACCCAAAAGGCGGAUUUUUUUUCUUCUUUUGUCUCCGGCGUCUCAAUCUUCGCCAAAUUGGGUCUCAUCGACAAGGCAAAAGAAUCUUUGGGACUGCUGUCAAUGUCUGUGGACAAAAGGAAAGCCUUUACAGUCUGAUGUUCAAUGAGUUGCUUCGCACGAAGAAGCUGUAUUGGAGAGAGGUUUUUACUUGGGUUUGGGGCGCUUUCUCCAUAAGGAUCUUACUGAGAGCUUUAUGUCAGAAGGUAGAGGUAGAGACUAGCGGAAUUUUGCAUAAGAUGAUAGACAAUGGAUGUAUGCUUUUUGGCCCUGCAGCAUUCAUGCCUGUGAUUGAUGGCUUGGGUGAAAGGGGAAAGAAGCAAGAGGCAAAUGAACUUGCUGAGAAGAUGUUUGGCCUGAAAUUCCCGUCCACAGGAAAGAGGAGCAGCACUACCAAAUGAACUUCCCAGCUUGACUUGAAACGCUUGAUUAACACUGAUCUUGAUUGUGUGGCUCUGGU